AUGCAGGGAAGAUUUAAGAUCAUCAAGGUCUUCUUGGUACGGAGACUAGCGCGAAUUGGGACCUUCUACGAGACUAAAAUCGGUAUCAGCAAUAGUACUACCCGGCUUCUAAGUGGUCCUAUCCCAACAGUCUUCGGUCUCGCUGAAAUGCGGUCUAAGAAUCGUGAUCCGAAGAAAGAAAAGCCCAUGCCUUGUAUAAUUCAGCCUUUAAGCGUUUUAACCAAGAACAUGGCAAGAAUCUCUAUCAAAGAUAUUGAAUCCUGGGUUCAUCGAUCCUCGGAGACUCGCAUUCAGGAAGUUCAGAGGAGAAAAGGUAGAGUCACCCGCCCGAUGAAUUCUUUCAUGCUCUAUCGAUCUGCAUAUGCGGAAAGGACAAAGCAGUGGCUCGCGCAAAAUGACCAUCGACUUGUAUCCGAAAUAUCUGGCAAGAGCUGGAAAUUAGAGCCACGAGAAGUUCGCCAGAAGUACGAGCAUUUAGCGGAAAUUGAGAAGCAUAAUCAUUUGAAAGCGCACCCCGAUUACAGAUUUUCUCCAACAAAGAUAAAAAGGAAUUCAAAGGGCGUCGGAGGAGAGCAGCCAUUCAAGAUUGUUUCUGAGUCCGACUCGGGUUUGCUCCCUGCAUUUGCCCUGAACACCGCUACAGAGAUAAGCAAUAGCGGGCAUUGCUUUUUCUUGCUCUAUUUUGCUUACUGACCCGCUGAGAUGACUGCUUAGGGCUCACUUCUUCCACCAAGAUAUCUUCAGAUCAACCUAUAAUGAUGCCACAGAAUGACCUAUUGAUUCAACAUAUUUCUGACUAUGAAAGAACGAGCUUUCAAAACACACCCUACGAUC